AUGAAGUCCUUCGCCAUUGCUGCUGCUUUCGCUGGUGCCGCUGUCGCCUUCCCUCAGGGUGUUACUCAGGCCAUCUCCCCCAAGUCCGGUCCUCCUGCAGGCUGCUCGGAGAACCACGCCAGCCCCUUCAGCAUUUCUAUUACCAAUGUUACCACCAACGGCAAGCGUGACCUCGAGGCCCGCAAGGUCUUGACUAUCACUCUUAAGGACGGUACCUUGACCGAUGACGAGGGCCGCACUGGUUACAUCGCUGCCAACAACCAGUUCCAGUUCGACAAGCCCGCUCAGACCGGUGCCAUCUACACUUCUGGUUUCUCCGUCUGCAGCAACGGCACCCUUGCCAUUGGUGACUCUGCCAUCUUCUACCAGUGCUUGAGCGGUGACUUCUACAACCUCUACGACAAGUCCACCGGUGCUCAGUGCUCGCCUAUCUACAUCAACGUCCUCGACACUGGUGCUGCUGCCUCUAGCGGUGCUGCCACCCAGAUUGGCGACGGUCAACUCCAGGCCCCCACCUCUACCGCUGCUCCCGUCACUCAGAUUUCUGACGGCCAGAUCCAGGCCACUACUGGCGCUGUCACCCAGAUCUCCGACGGCCAGAUUCAGGCUCCUACUUCGACCGCUGCUCCCGUCACCCAGAUCUCCGACGGCCAGAUCCAGGCCCCCACUGGCAAGCCCGUCACUCAGAUCUCCGACGGUCAGAUCCAGGCUCCCACCACCGGCAAGCCUGUCACCCAGAUCUCCGACGGUCAGAUCCAGGCCCCUACCUCUGCUGCUGGUAAGCCCGUUACUCAGAUCUCCGACGGUCAGAUCCAGGCUCCUACUGGUGGUGCCACCAAGGCUGCCAACGGCACUGUUGUUGCUGGCGCUGCCACUGCUUCCUCAAGCAUUGCUGCUUACACUGGUGCUGCUGCCGUCCCCACCUUCGCUGGUGAGAUGCUCCUCGCUGCCGGUGCCUUGGCUGUUGCCUUCCUGUAA